CGUAAUAAAGUGAUCGAGGGUUAUUUUCGUUCCCUCACUGACAGCGUGCUGGUUAUGUUCAUGGUGUAGGGAGUCAGCGCAAGUUUCCUUCUUUAUUGUUGUGUUUUAUUUCGUCGUUAUAGCCAUACCAUUGUUUAUUUGUAAUAGUUACCUUGUUCUUAAUUUUCUGCGCCGAAGAGGUCAUUUUAUCUGCGACGAAAUUUAUUCACUCUCAUCGUCUGACUGAGUUUCCCACGCCAUUUUUGUUCCAUUUUAUUCGUUGACUGUAUUCAAAGACUGCGUGUAGACGGUAUAGUGGGAGCUUGUAUCUGGUUGGAUUUAGAAUUUUUAUUUUAACAACGGCUUCCAAUUGGAAUACCGAACACUGGCCACAUUACUCGAAAAAGGAUUUUAUUUGACAACACAGAUUACUCAACCAGGUGAACUGACAAUGGAGCAGGCUGCCCAGGUUCAAGUGGCCAUGCAGGUCCAGCCCAGUAUGAAUGGCACCCACAAACCUGUUAGUGUGUCCACUAACACAGAGGAAAGCAAGACCAAUCUGAUUGUCAAUUACCUACCCCAGUCCAUGACCCAGGAGGACAUCCGUUCCUUAUUCUCUAGCAUUGGCGAGGUGGAGAGCUGCAAGCUGAUCAGGGACAAACCCACAGGUUUGCAAGGUCAGAGUUUAGGCUAUGGCUUCGUCAAUUAUAAAUAUGCACAUGAUGCAGAAAAAGCUAUAAACUCCCUGAAUGGGCUGCGGUUACAGAAUAAGACUAUUAAGGUAUCUUACGCAAGGCCUAGUAGUGAAAGUAUAAAAGGCGCUAACUUGUAUAUUUGUGGACUGCCAAAAUCUAUGACGCAGCAAGAUUUGGAGAGGCUCUUUUCUCAGUGCGGCAAGAUUAUAACCUCUAGAAUUCUGUAUGAUAAUAAUACAGGUUUGUCUAAAGGCGUUGGAUUCAUCAGAUUUGAUCAGAGACAGGAAGCAGAGAAGGCCAUCAGCCGGCUGAACAACACAAUACCAGAAGGUGGUGCGACAGAGCCCAUCACUGUCAAAUUUGCCAACUCCCCCAGUGCAGGCAAAAACAACUCUGUUCCAAUGACAAUUGCAGCCACAUACCUGACCCCGACCAGAAGCCGCUUCUUGGGCCCUAUCCACCACCCCACAGGCAGAAUAAGGGUGGAUUCGUUUGGGCCUUCCAGAAGAGGAAGGGAGGUUGAAAGCACGAAGUUACUAACACGGUACUCCCCAUUGGAAAGUGGAAUUAUCCCCAAUACCUUUUUACCUGGGAAUGCCCUCAACUGUGCAGGCUGGUGCAUUUUUGUGUACAACUUGGCCCCAGAAUCUGAAGAAAAUGUGCUGUGGCAACUGUUUGGGCCAUUUGGAGCUGUUCAGAGCGUGAAAGUUAUCCGAGAAUUCCAGACCAACAAGUGUAAAGGUUACGGCUUCGUCACGAUGACCAAUUAUGAUGAUGCAGUUGUGGCCAUCCAGAGUCUAAAUGGGUUCACAUUGGGAAAUCGUGUACUGCAAGUCUCCUUCAAGACAAACAACAGAAAGUCCUAAGACCAUCCCUUGAAAGUGCCACUCUUAGAAAACAUUGUGAAAGAUGCCAUAAUGAUGGUACAAAGAGACUAGUCAAAAGCUGACUGACCUGUCCGCUAUCCUUGCGGUGGGCUCAUGAAAUCUGGGCAUGUUCUUGUCAAAGAAGAUCAAGGCCUGGAUUAGUGUGUGUUCAACUGUAGAGGGCGGCUCCCAUGGUCCCAGGAUAGGAUUGUAUUACCUUCCAGGAGCGUUCCUAUGGAGAGUUAAUGUCAGCCAGAAAUCCAAGGGUACAUGGUUUGGGCCGAGUCUACUACAGUUCUUAUUAUUAUUAAUUUAUGUUAGUAUUAGCGGUUUAUCUUGGAGCAUAAUAAUUUAUUCACUUUUUUGGUAUAAUGUCCAGUUGAAUUAUUUAUUAUUGAUGUUUAAGACACUUUUUUCAGAUUCAUGGUUUAGAUAUUUGAAAUGCUCAGUAGACAUUCACGACAUAUCCCAAGUUUUUUGGUGUUUGUUAGUUAAUAGGUGUGUUGUAUGUAUACAUAGACGUAUUAUGCUCAUUUUGUGUUAUUCUUUUUUCAAUUUUAAUGCUCCCAUUUCUUUUUUUUUUAUUUGUAUUUGCAUUUUCAAAUGUUAUUAACCUUGGAAACAUUUGACAAGGUUAGUUUUACUUUUGAUUGGCUGUUUUGAGAGCAUAAUCAUAUACGAAGUUUUACACAUUUCUUUUUCCUUGUUUUGUGUUUUAAAGAGGCUUCAUUUCUCUUGCAUAGUCUGAGGAAGAUCCUAUGAUUACUUUCUGCAUGAUUGCAAUAAAUUGCAAACAUUUAUCCAAUACUAACUUACCCUCUUAACAUAUGCUGAUAGAUGUGUAUUUAUCGUUUUCUUCUCUUUUAGCUCCCAUUGUUAGUCAUGUUAGCAAGGAGUUACUUGCAAGAGUCAUUCAUAACUUUUGUUUGAAUUAUUUCACAUAAUUUAAGGGCAUGUACACUUCGAUGAUGUUGGAUUUUAAGCUGUGGUUAAGUUCUUAUAGCAAACAAUUUUGGUAAAAGUUGGAAGAUAUCACUCCUUGCUUUUACCAUUUAAUUUUGUCUAUAUUUUUUUCGAAUUGUGUUGAACCUGGCCAGACGGCUAAGAACACAUGCUUGCUUGGCCAGUGUUGAAAAGACUUAGAAAGCUUCAGUAAGGUUGGAGACUUGCAUAAUAAAAGAGCAUCAUGAGCCUUCUCCACACAUCAACUGCCCAAGGAUGUGAAGAGUCCAUCUGCAUUAAGACGAAGAAAAGCCAUGCAAAAUGUCUCCAGCUUAAAAGCUGGACUAGUCCCUUACAAUUGGAGAUGCAUACAAACAUGGAACAGAACUCCGAGUGCCUGAGUAUAAUUCACUUCAGGAGGCAAGGACAACUUGAUCUUCCAAAUACCAACAGUUAGCCGUUUUUUACAAGAUGGGUACUGCUCAUUUUAGCUCGUGGUCACAAAAAAGCGAAUCUAAUGUUUGUACAUAGUGAGGUUUUUUACAUCUGACGCAUUUAUUUCCCGGAAGAUGCAUAACCCAAUCUAUGCAUCCAUCGUGCUUUGGGGGGUGUAGUGGAUGCGGGAAGUGGACAGGAGUGAAUUUUCUGCACUCCCUUUUUACAUGUAUCCGAUGGGAGGGUUGGGGCGAGCCACUCAGCUGAACGGUGAGAAGUCCUCUUACAUUCCGUGUGUGGCCCUACACCAGGGUUGUCACAGCUUUCUCCAUGUCUUCCACCGCACUUCAGCUGAGUUGGCAGUAAGGGAGGGACCAGUAUUUAAAGGGGUAGCAGCAACUGCAUCGUGUUUUACAUAGAGAUAUAUGGCGGAGUUUGAAAAGAUUUACCAUUGGACAUAGUUUUUGGGGACAAGGGACUAGACUGGAGUAAAUAAUUCACCCUUACUUGUUACAUUCGAUGACAAAAUGCAAGAUACCCGACGCUGCUGUAUGUGCAAUUUUGUAAUCUUAAGAAAAGGGACAAACUUAGCUUAUAGCCGUUUGUACGCCAUUACGGGGUGUUGGUAUUCCAAAGACCAUUUGUAAAGUGUACAAAGAUUUUAUACUGAUUGAACCUUGUUGUUAGAGACACUGUUAUACGCAAAGAGGUUCUUAUAUGCGGAUUUUAUAAUGUUAUCCUUUUUGGGAUAAACUGUUGGCUAAACUUUCAGAUAGGUUUUCAAAAAUAUAUAUAUAUAAACCUGGAGUAAAAAUAUGAGUCUUACAUCACUUUAUAAAUAAACCAGAACGGAAACAAAUUUUUUUGCUUUUAUCACCAAACAAUGAAUUUCUUCAAAUCACUGCUUGGGUUAUGUCGAGCUAAAAAAAAUCGGUAGUGAAACUACGCAUGUUAAGUGACAGUUCUGGUGAAGUUCUCCAUCUAAAUCUGCUCCGGAAUCGACUUCGAAUGUCGACUGAUAUCCAUUUACAUACGGGCCUGUUUGUUCUUGUAACCUUCUUGCACAAUGUGCUAUUUUCCAUUUUUCGAUGUUUGUCAAAUGAAGUGUCAAACAAAAGUUAUGAUUGUUUGGGUUGCGUACAUUACCCAGUGUUCAUCAAAUGCCUAUGUCAUUAUGUUUAUUUUGUGUGAGUUUAGAAUGGAUUUCAUCUUAGAUUCAUAUUUCUUGCUAGUUCAUAUUUACCGAUCUUAAAUGUUACAUUGCUUGUAGCUUUCAUUGUUUCAAUAUUCUAGAUAUAUAAUGUUCUUCGUCGUUUCUAGUUUGCAGUUUUGGCUUUACGCUAUUGAACAGGGAUAAAUACAGUGUACCCUGCCCUUUAUCUGGUAUCCUUGAUCCAGUCGGUUAUGGAUUCACCAAAUAAGGCAAAAGGAACAUUUUGUCGAACAACAGAGAAUGUCGGCCAUUUUUUGAGCUGGCUUGAGUGCUAUUUCUACCCAAACAUGGCCUAAAUCUAACACUGAAACAACAUCUUACCCGUUCAAAGUAUUUCUUCUGUUCACAAGGCUUUAGCUUUAGUUUAUCUUUCUUCUAUAAUACUUAUUGUCUGUAUUGUGAUCUAAGCACAGUGAUCGAAAUUCUGUGGACUAAUCAAGCUGAUUAAUAUCUGUGAAGGUCGAAAUGAAGCUGUUAACUGCCGACUUUGUACAUGGGCAACAGCAGGCUGUUUGUUGUCUUUAUUAUAGUAGUCGAGUAUCUCGUUCUGCAAUUUGUACUUUUACAUGUGCAUUACAAAAAUAAAACUUUUGCCAUUGCCAGAAA